AUGGGCUCAGAGACACCUCUUGCUGGGCAGCGCAGCCACCGGCUAGCAGACUGCCGGGACAGGGAGAGAAUGAGGAAGAGGGGGUGCGAGUGCGCGGACGUGUGGCCGCUAUGGGGUACUGCUACCGCUGCCGUGUUCAGGGGGCGAACCCGUUUAAAGACUGAAGCGAAGCUCUCUCUAACAGGGUUUGCUUUCCCAGACUGGGCCUACAAGCCUGAGUCGAGCCCCGGCUCCAGGCAGAUCCAGCUCUGGCACUUCAUCCUGGAGCUGCUGCGGAAGGAGGAGUACCACGAUGUCAUCGCCUGGCAGGGCGACUACGGCGAGUUCGUCAUCAAGGACCCCGACGAGGUCGCCCGGCUCUGGGGCGCAAGGAAGUGUAAACCGCAGAUGAACUACGACAAGCUGAGCCGCGCACUCAGGUGACUCUCUCUCCAUCGUGGUCUGAGACUCUCCAGGCUGGACUGGACUGACUGGACUGGGAGCUGGACUAGUGAUUCACUGGGAUUAUAAUCAGACUCACUGACAGCACAGUCUUUCCUGGCCACUCCACUCAAAGUGCUAUACGGGUCAUGGGGAUCCCCUCCACCCCCAAUGUCUAACCCCAGCUGGAUGAUGCGCCUCUCCAUUCACCACAGCAGCUCUCAGCGGGGAGGAGAGCAGAGUGAUGAAGCCAGUUCAGAGAU